CCUGAUACUCUUGUGUCCUGAUACUUGUGUCCUAGAACCUCCUCGCCGCAUUUGCGCGUUCCUUCUUCUCCUUCUUUCCUUCGUUUUUGCGCCGUCAGAUGGCAGUAACGUAGCCACCCAUCUCCGCCCUCCUUUGUCUUUACCUCGGCGACACCACCCAGCGCACGCGACAUCUUCAUUUUCACGCCGUUCAUUCAACCAUGUUCCGAUUCAGAAGAUACCGAGUCUUCUUGGCCUUCGCGUUUAUCACCGUUUUAGCAUUAUACAAGUUUGGGACGGCGUCUGGCACAUCAUGGAGGGAAGCUGCCUCGAGUGCGGCUGGCCAGUUUAAGAAGGAUUCUGGGGACGAGUCGCAGGUAGACUGGAAGCCCAAACCUCCGCCGCCCGUCGCGCAGGAGACAAGGAGAUUUGAGGUGGAUGUUCCUGCUGCGAACAGCCCUCUGUUCUUACAAACGCCGCCGCCUGUUGCGCCGAACACUCGUCUUACGGACAAGAAACCCGUUUCACCAUCGCCGAGUCCUGCUGUGACAGAGAAGGAGAUCCCAAGCAUACCUACGCUCAAGUCAGACCGGCCAUAUGGCAACGGCGCAAAUACUAUACCUCAAAUAUCAGAUGAACUCUCCUCAUCCAUCGAACCGAUUUAUUGGACGAAGCUACCUCAGGAUUUUCCCGUCCCCUCGCAAUCACUUAUUCGACUACCUUCUGGCAAACCGAAGUCAAUGCCCAAGAUACAGUUUGAUUUCCCACCCGAGGAUGCUACAGCAAAAGUGGACAGAGAGUCGAAGCUCGAUACAAUCAGAGACGUGUUCAAGAAGUCGUGGAAUGGAUACAGAGGACAGGCAUGGCUGCACGACGAACUCACGCCUGUAUCUGGAGGGUUCAAAGAUCCUUAUGCUGGUUGGGGUGCCACGCUGGUUGACAGUCUAGACACGUUAUGGAUCAUGGGCUUGAAGCAGGAAUUCGAGGAGGCAGUUAGGGCUCUCAACAAAAUCGACUUUACGACGAGUGCUAGUGCCGACAUCCCGUUGUUUGAGACAACGAUUCGAUACCUGGGAGGUCUCAUUGCAGCGUACGAUAUCAGCGGCAAGAAAUACGAGAAGCUGUUGGAGAAAGCCGUGGAGCUUGCGGAGGUUCUUAUAAGCGCUUUCGACACACCAAAUCGAAUGCCCGAGCUGUUCUACUACUGGAGACCCGAGUUUGCGUCGCAGAAGCAUCGCGCCAGCUCUCGUGUAGUCUUGUCAGAAAUUGGCUCAAUGUCUAUGGAAUUCACUCACCUGGCGCAGCUUACCGGGGAACACAAAUACUAUGAUGCGAUUGCGCGUAUCACAGACCUCCUUGAAGAAUUUCAACCUAACACAAGACUCCCUGGAAUGUGGCCUACAGAAUUGGAUGCCUCGGGUUGCAAGCCAAUUCACGUUGACAAGCCUAUCCAACAACCAUUAAGAGCGCCAGGAAAUGAACCAGCUGGCAAACAACCUGCCACUGUUGAGAGCCCAAAAGUAGCGGCCACCCCGACACCAACAGAGCAGCUCUCGCCAGAGGGUAAGAAGUAUAUUCCCUUGGACUUGCCUGAACCUGUUGUUCUCGCUCCGAACGGGCAGAAUCCGACCUGGGUGUCAUCGACAGAUGAAGAGACGGUUGGUCUUGGAGCGUCUGGAAAAGACAAGAUCACCAACGGUGACGCUUUGAAAAAACGGCAGAUCGAUGUUGGUAACCCAACCCCUGUCAAGACAACACCUCCUGCAUGUGUUUCACAGGGCUUCAGGUCAAUUUCCGAUUAUGGCCCUGAGGAGUACACGCUCGGCGGCAUGUCCGACUCUACGUACGAGUAUUUGUCCAAAGAGUGGCUGCUGCUUGGCGGCCUGGUCGACAAGUACCGCACCAUGUAUGAGCAGGCUAUGGAUGUAUUCACAGAAUAUCUCGUCUUCCGGCCAAUGCUUCCCAACGAGGACGAUAUUCUUUUCGCUGGAAAGCUACAUGUACCAGCACCCUCUGUAGAUGGCAGUUUCGCCGUAAAACUCGAAGGCGAAAGUGCCCAUCUCACAUGCUUUGCUGGUGGUUUGUUGGCUAUGGGCGCUAAGCUUUUCGAUCGACCAAAGGAUCUCGAAAUUGCAAACAGGUUGGUUGAAGGUUGCGUGUGGGGCUACAACAUGACACAGACUGGCAUCAUGCCCGAGGCUUUCGAGAGUAUAAUCUGCGAGAGCAAGACGAAAUGUGCCUGGAACGAAACACUUUACAAUGAGACUCUUGACCCUAGAGCUGAUUCUCGUCAAAAGAACUACGUGGAACAGGUGGAGUAUUACGAACAGCGGCUCGUAUCGGCUUCAUUAUGGUACGAAGAGCAGAUCGCUGCCAUGACAGCAACUCCUACACCAUCUGCACCCGCUGCCUUCGAAGCGCGCGCUACACAGAGUUCGAUCUUCGCCGACCUCGACAAGCGGCAACUCGCCGAUCUAGAAGAUGAUUAUGAACCUUCGGUUUUGUCUUCCACAACUGUGUCGUCCACAGUCGUGUCUUCCACGGUUCUGCCUUCCACAGUUUCGCCUUCUACGGACGUGCUUUCGCCGAGUCCGGCUCUGCCUGCCUUCCCAGUACUUUACAGCCCCAGCCCCCCGCUGAACCAUGAGGAUUACGUGGAGAACAAAAUCCAAGAAGAGCGCCUCCCACCCGGCGUAACGAAAAUCGUGCGUCGGGAGUACAUCCUCCGCCCUGAAGCCAUAGAGUCUGUAUGGUACAUGUACCGGAUCACUGGGUCCGCGCACUGGCGCGAAUCCGGCUGGCGCAUGUUCCUCGCCAUCAACGAGUAUACCAACGCCACGUAUGGUAACAGUGCGAUUGACGAUGUUACGAGGACUAAUCCUAUGCUGCUCGAUUCAGCCCAGUCUUUCUGGUUUUCCGAAACCCUCAAGUAUUUCUACUUGCUGUUUAGUGAGGAGGACGUUGUGAGUUUGGACGAAUGGGUGUUGAACACUGAGGCGCAUCCUUUUAGACGGCCUGAGUAAGGAGGCAAGGACUUGGGGAGGGAACUAUAUGUUUAGACGUUUUGAUCACAGACCAGUACGGGAUUGACGGAGUAGGGAUCGUCUUAAGGAGCAUGAGAUUUGGCUACGCUACGCAUUAUACCAUUCAAUGGAGUUUCGUUGUUUUGUUACAGUAUGCUUCCGUUUUAGCAUUGUUAUAGCAAGUGACAUCUAUACCCGCGCCGCGACAUGUUCGUUG